CCACAGCAUCCCCCCCCCCCCUUCACUUCUCACGCACAUACGAAGCACACGGACCAUGGAGCGUGGCGGCUUCUCCUUUGAUCUCGUUCAGCGCAACGAGUUCCUGCAGAGCGCAGGACACCAUCCUCCAAAGGCGACAAAGACCGGCACAACCAUUGCGGGCAUCAUCUUCAAGGAUGGUGUCGUGCUUGGUGCCGACACCCGCGCCACAGAGGGCACAAUUGUCGCGGACAAGAACUGCGCCAAGAUCCACUACAUGGCGCCCAACAUGUACUGCUGUGGUGCGGGCACGGCCGCAGACACGGAGAUGGUGACGAACCUUGUGUCGUCGCAGCUUGAGCUGCACCGGCUGGAGACGGGCCGCCAGUCGCGCGUCAUCACCGCCCUUCGCCUCCUCAAACAGCGCCUCUACAGGUAUCAGGGCCACAUCUCUGCUGCGCUGGUGCUCGGCGGCGUGGAUGUGUCUGGCCCCGUCCUCUACAGCAUCUACCCACACGGAUCAACGGACAAGCUCCCCUUUGUCACCAUGGGCUCUGGGUCGCUUGCUGCGAUGGGCGUGUUUGAGGCGCGGUACAAGAAGGACAUGGAGCUUGACGAGGCGAAGCAGCUCGUCCGCGACGCAAUUGCCGCCGGCAUCUUCAACGACCUCGGGUCUGGCAGCAACGUGGAUCUUUGUGUGAUCACCAAAGACGGGGUCGACUACAUCCGCCCGCACGAUGAAGCGAACAAGAAGGGCGAGCGCCUUGAGACAUACUCCUACAAGAAGGGAACAACCGCUGUGGUCAAGGAGCGGGUUGUGCCAAUCAAGCCCGUGGUCGUGUCGGAGGUUGUGUCGCCCGUGCCGCCCCCACGGCCCGAGGAAACACUCGACUAAGCCUUCCAUCCAAUCAACCAAAUCCAUCCAUCCAUCCAUCCAACCAUUCCACCCAUCCCACAAAUCCAACCAUGCAAUCCCCGACCGCCACCACAGACCAUGUUGGUGGUGAUGAUGACGAUGCUCGCUUGGCGUGGCGUUGCGUGUCUCGUUUUUGCUGGCUUGUGGAUGUGGCCGUGCGUUCCUUUUCAGCUGCCACAACUUGCCUGUUGUCGUUCUUUGUCUGCGUGUUAUGUGUGCGUGUGUGUGUGUGACAUGUGCAUGUGCUGUUUGCGUGUCAUCUGAGCGAGUAUACGCAUCUAAAAACCGC